AUGGCUUCGCAACCGUUCGAGAACGUGCAUUUGUUACCCCAAACCAAUCAAAUUUUGGGCUUGUACACCAUCAUUAGAAAUAGAGAAACUAAACGUCCUGACUUUAUCUUCUAUGCUGAUCGUAUUAUCAGGUUGUUAGUUGAGGAGGGUUUGAAUCAUCUACCAGUAAUGCCAACAACUGUUGAGACUCAUACGGAACAGAAAUAUGAAGGUGUUUCAUUCCUGGGUAAGAUUUGUGGAGUUUCCAUCGUUAGAGCAGGUGAAUCAAUGGAGCAGGGACUAAGGGACUGCUGUAGGUCGGUAAGGAUUGGCAAAAUAUUGAUCCAAAGGGACGAGGAAACUGCUCUUCCUAAGCUAUUUUACGAAAAAUUGCCAGAUGACAUUUCACAGAGAUAUGUAUUCCUCUUGGACCCCAUGUUAGCUACUGGUGGAAGCGCUAUUAUGGCUACUGAAGUGUUGAUUAAAAGAGGUGUCAAACCAGAAAAUAUCUCAUUCUUGAACUUGAUUUGCUGCAAGGAAGGCAUUGACGCUUACCAUGCUAAGUUUCCUAAUAUAAAGAUUAUUACUGGUGCAAUUGACAAAGGGCUAGAUGACAGAAGGUACUUAGUACCAGGUCUAGGUGAUUUCGGUGACAGAUAUUACUGCGUUUAA